UAAAUUCUCACAACCCAUUUGCAAUAUUCCGACCUGGGGACGAUUAUUUCGUAAAGUUUACCUUUUACUAGGUAGACGUAAUAUUUCGCAGCUGCAUCCUUGACUUACAGAUCCUCGUCUCCCUUGAUCGUCCCUUCAUCGCCAUUUGAUUGCAGUUUUGUUCAUCUACUUAGCAAGCUCAAGGUUAUUUGAUAGUCGGGCACCAUCUCUUUACCACUCAAAGCUGCAAGCCCACUAAAAGCAAUACUUCAUGAUUUGGGCUGGACAAGCCUCCUAGCCUCCUAAAGACUUGGUCACUGCUUGGGAUUCUUCAUAAGUGGGGUUGGUGUUUACUGCAACAGCCCUGCCCGCUGAUCGGAGGUCUGUUCACUUCGAUCAACCGCUUCGCAAAAUCCUGUACACCACAGUCUCAUCAAGCCUAUGAAGAAACGGCCACGAAAUUUCAAGAUUCACCACCAUGCCAAAGGAUUCAUUCACAGAGCCAACGACCGAAUACUGGCAGACGAUCCUUCCCGAUACUGAAAUAAUCCCAGCUCCUUGGAAAUAUGGAUUUCCUGCUCGCUUGCCAGAUCAAAGAAUCCUCAAGCUACCCAUCCGGGCCCUAAAUGCGAACGAAGCCGUUGCUUCUCUCAUUAUCAAUCAAGCUGCUCUCGAUGUCACUGAAGAGCUUGGAGAAUUUCUUGUAGAUCAAGUUCGGCCAUUCCACCCCGAGGUUAUCGUUGGACUUCCAACUCUUGGGCUGUCACUUGCUCCCAUAAUUGCUAAAGGUUUGGGUCACAAACGAUAUGUUCCUUUGGGUUAUUCGCGAAAGUUUUGGUACACAGACUUGCUUUCCACCGAAGUCUCAUCCAUCACCUCUCCAUCCGGCGAGAAGAAACUUUAUCUUGAUCCUAACCAAAUCUCGCUCUUGAAAGGAAAGAAGGUGAUGAUCAUCGACGAUGCUGUCAGCUCUGGCAAGACAUUGAAAGCGUCUUGGGACUUUCUUGAAGCGGUGGGUUGUGAAGUCAUUGGCUGUGGAGUUGUAAUGAAUCAAGGGGCCAGAUGGCGAAUACGAUUGGGAACAGAGGGAGCUGAGAACGUCCGUUGGGUAUUUAAGUGUCCAUUGCUGAAGAGAGUGGAAGGUGGAUGGGAUAUUAGGGAGUAAUGUUUAUCUGGCUGUGAGUUAUCAGUAUGUCCAAGCGGUUCGGUUGCACAAGUGACAAGCUCAGUCUUUGGAAACGGGGGCCAAAACUCUUAAUGUGAAAUUGGAUUCUUAGGAUCUCUCUGAUUGAGGCACAAUACUAGGUAGCGAUUCCUCUCCUGCUCCUGCUAAGAAUUCUUUUGCCCGGAGAUGAGAGGAGAAACCCGUGAAAGCGAUUGAUAUUGAUUCUGACAGGAGCAGAUCAUGCUAAGAUUUUGAGUCUGUCAAAACGCUGCUGUAAGGACGAUUCCUUAUAUUAAAAAAAUAGAUUCUCGGUCUUUGAAUCAAUGUUUCAGCUAUUCUCGGCUCGGUCAGUCCUCGUCCUGUUGACAUUCACUUACCUGCAUGAAAGUUGCUGGCCCAUGUCCGCUGUCCUACAAUGGUCAAGACUUCUUUGGUACUCAUUGUUAUCUUUGCUCAGAAUCUUGCGAGGUAUUCCUCGUAGAUCAUGCCUCAAUCCAUUAAAUAACACACUGG